AUGAAGGCUGUUUAUGUCUCGAAGGAAGGGCGCGAGCUGCAGGAUCGCCCCAUCCCCUCACCCGGCCAGAACGAGGUCUUGAUCCGAAAUGUCGCUGUCUCGAGCAACCCGAAGGACUGGAAGAUUCCCUUCUACAUGGCUCCGUACGCCGCCGUCGAGGGCAACGACGUCGCAGGGUACGUCGAGAAGGUCGGCGAGGGCGUCACCAAGUUCAAGGUCGGAGACAAGGUCGCGGCGUUCACCAAGAUGCGAACUGACGACAAGUACGGCGCGUACGCCGAGUACUCCGUCUCGCCUUCCAACACCGCUUUCCACCUUGGCCGCAACACGUCGUUCGAAGACGCCGCCGCCCUCCCGCUCGCGUACAGCACAGCUGCGAUCGGACUGUUCAAGCGUCUUGGCUUGAGCGAGCCAGACCAGCCGGGUCAGCGAGACGGCGCACUCCUCGUCUGGGGCGGGGCGACCACUGUCGGUGUUUACGCUAUCCAGCUUGCUAAGAAAGCAGGCUACCACGUCGUCGCUGUCGCAGGCUCUUCUCAAGACGUCCCCAAGUCCUACGGAGCCGACGAAGUCCUCGACUACCGAAACAAGUCGACCUCGUCUCUCGCCUCCGAGAUCCGCCAGUCCUUCAACGGCAAGGGCGUCAAGUACAUCUACGACGCCGUCUCGGAGGGUACGCUUGACGUCGUCGCCGAGGCGCUUAAGGAUGUCGAGGGAUCGAGUUACACCUACGUCCUCACUUACAGCGAGGAGCAGCUCGAGGCGCUUCCCUCAAACGUCCACGCCGAACGGACGCUCUGCGCGACAGCAUACGGCGAAGACUCGGACUUUGCGGAGAAGUGGUUCGACUGGGUCGGAAAGGCGAUCGAGGCAGGCGAGUUCCGAGCACAGAAGGUGACGGUCGUGCCAGGUGGACUCGAGGGCGUCGAGGAGGGCCUGAGGAGGUUGCAGCAGGGUGAGGUGCGAGGCGAGAAGCUCGUGUACCGCAUCAAGGAGACGCCGGGACUCGCCUGA